GUUACGUGUCAACAGCGAACAAUAAAAAAAAUUUUAAUCGGAAAUUGUAAAAAUGGGGAAACAACAACAGUCUCAACCAGCAAAAAAAAAGUGUUGCGUUCAAAAGUGACUGAUAAAAUUACAAAAAAAAAGGUUCGGAAGCUUAAAUAUACCCCAAUUGAUGUAGAAAAUGCUUUAAAAGCCAUGAAAAAUACUGGGUUGUCACUAUGGAAAGCAGCCGUUACUUUCGGAGUGCCUUUGGCUACUUUAGGCAGGAAAAAAAGUAUUGGGCCAGACGAGAUAAAAAAAAAAUCAGGACCAGAAACAGUAUUAUCAUCUCAAGAAGAAGAUCAUAUUGUCAAAUGGGCGCUGGACAGGGCUGCAAUGGGAGCACCUGUAACAAAAACUGAGUUAUUGGAUUGUGUUCAAAAAUAUGUCCAAAAAUUAGCCAAAAAAACUCCAUUCACAGAUAAUCGUCCAAGUCGCCAUUGGUAUGAAGGGUUUAGAAAACGUCAUCCAGAAUUAUCUAUAAGGAAACCCCAACAUUUGAGUGUUAGUAGAGCAGCUGUCAGCUGUGAAGAACUGCAAGAGUGGUUUAAAAAUACUGGAGCGUAUUUAGAAAGUAAAAAUUUAUCUAAUAUUUCUCCAACAAGAAUUUUUAACUGCGAUGAAAGCAGCUUACUUCUGUGUCCUGAUGCAGAGAGCGUGUUGGCAGAAAAAGGAUCACGUGCAGUUUACAAAAUUGUUGAUGGUGGCAAAGAAGCGCUGACGGUUCUUUUCAUGUAUAGGGCUGAUGGAUUCACUUUAGAUAACAUGAAGAACGAAAAAAAUGUCGUAGUUAGUGGUUUCAAAGGGUCAGGAUUGUACCCGUUUGAUCCCAAGGUAGUAGACUACGAUAUUUUACAAAAGGGAAAAAAAUCAAAAGAAGCUAUCAAUCAAAAGGAGAAUAAUUUGGAUUCAGAUAUUAGUGAAGAUAAACAAUUCUUAUUAAAAUUUGAAAAAAAUUUACAACCAGAUACACUUUCAGAAUUCCAAAAUGCAGCAGCCAGCGGAUUAUGGAUUGGAGCCGUUGAAAAGAAAGGAUUAUUUGAGUACUGGCUCGAAAUUUCGAAAAACACGACGAAUGUUUCAAGUAAACAACUGAAUAGUAUUGAUAAAUGA